CUCUGAGCGCGACUCGCGUCACUCAUUUAAUCACUACGAGGACAGACCAUUCCAACUAUCAGGCGGGCAUUGAUCACUCAACCUACCUACCUGUACUCUGCCUCUGGACUCACCAUAUACACUCACCAUUCUUUGAUCAUUACAGCGACGACGACGACGAGGUGACAGCAACGAGUGUACAAAGAAUCCCACCAUCUUCUCUCUCACACCAUGUUCACCUUCUCUUCCCCAAUCCACUCGACUGAGAACUUCUAUCCAUUCAACACGUCCAACACUCGGCAGAUAUCACAUCCAACAACCCCUUCACCAUUAAGAACAUCCAAAUAUGCCAACCUCAUGACUCCUCCACCAUCAAACCAUAAGAAACUCUCACCAAACCCCCUCUCCGCCACCACGCCUCGAUCCUCCUCCACAUCAUCUUCCUCCUCCUCCACCAACAAUAGAUUCAUGCAUUUCUCCACUCGGGCAGUCAACUCAACUCCCGCAAAUACACUCGCGCGACAUGCGAUACAAGGUCGCGAGCAGAAAAGAACCGAAUUCCUCGACCGGAUCAAGCGACGGAGAGACGAUACCCGCACAGACGGGACAAAUGAUCAAGUGUUAAGAAUGGAUUUUGUGCGAGAGCGCAGAGGCUGGGAGGAACAGAUGAGGAAGGUGGCUAUUCUUGAGCAAGGUGCUUUGACGGAGCAAGAGGAGGAGGAAAUGGACGACCAGUCUUAUCAGGAAGAGCAACAACCAGCCACCAUGGAUAUGGAGGCUGAAACCGACAUGGAUGCUGAAUUGUCUCCCACCGAGGAAUUUGACAUCGAAAACCAUGUUGACUGGCCAGGGUAUCUCGAUGACCGUCAGAACCAGCGGGAAUUUCAGGACGAUGAUGAGGAUAAUGACAGUUUUGAUCUGGACCCGGAUGAGUUUGAUAGGUUCUUCGUCGAGGCUUUGUCGCAACAACAUCAACAUCAACAUCAGACCAGUGAUUCGGGUGGAUGGUCGACGUCUCAAGAACAACAGCCUCCAUCGCUCACAGGACAAAACCACCUGCAGCCGGACCUGCUCGCCCAAGCUCAGGCUCACGCUCAGACUCAGGCACAUCAACAGACACAAGCACAGGAUCUUGAGUCUAGCAUGGACUUGUCAUGAUGAUCAUAAUGUUGGUAUUACGACGCUUCUGACACCUCUGUCUAACACGACCCUGUGGGAAGUAUACCUACUUAUAAUCCGUGUUUUUCUGUUUGUUUCAGGCCCACGUAUAGAGGCAAUGGAAGAUUACAGUUGCAUAGGGUUGACUAGCUGAUUAGAUCUGGGACACUGGAAGAAUUUCCUCGGGCUAGGUAUAGAAGGUCGUGCCGGGGAGGCCUACAGGCAGACAGGAAAACAGGCAAAUAGACAUUAGGUCGAUCGAUUUUUUAGACCUAUAAUAAAUAAAUCUCAGAAUCAGC